AUGGCCGAGUCUUCUCUCCCCACUACGCUGGACAGCGUUUUCACAGCACCCCUUAAAGAUCAAUAUGACCCGGUUCGCUUGAUAUCCAAGAACAUCGUUCCUGUCCUCGAGCUGCCCCUGGCAAAGAAGGUUCUGGGUCACGAUGCUUCCGACAGCGAAUCCCUCGCCAAGGUUGCUAAAGCCGAUAUAUCCUUUACUACCUUUGUCGCCGACCAAGCACGCGCCGCCCUCCAGAACCCUCGCGAUGACUCAACGAUUGAGCAAAUACAGUCGCAGCUCCUGCAUAUCGGUCUUGCAGCCCUGUUCAGCUUCCUACAGUCGAAUGUUACCGGUCCUCCCCUGGAAUUUAACUCGGCCGAAACAACUCUACCCGCUACACUAAGAAGCGAUGUGCCAACCCUCCGAGCUGUUCGCGCCAAGAUCAUCCGCGAUCUGUCUGUCGAUGGAGAAGCGGCUUAUAAGUUGACUCCCAAUGCGGAGCUAUUUUCGAUUGCCAAGGCCCUUCUGGUCGAUGCGCAAAAUGAGGGCGCUGUAUCUGCAAAGACUGCACGGAUGCGUGUCAACUUCCUUCAUCAAAAGAUGCUUUCGGAGGUGACUAGUACCUUGCAGGAUGUUAUAUACAGUGACCUCGAGGAGUUGGUCAAGGCGAAUCUUAACCCAGAAGAACAAGGCGGAUUCCUGUUGGAGCGUGCCAUUAUUAACACACACCACGGCUUUGAUGCCAAGGCCCGUGCCGAUCUUGACCAGGCAGCCCAGGUCCGGAACUUUGAAUUUGCCCUAACGGGCAAGCUGGGAAAGCGGACCAAGUUCCAGGAUCGGGAUAUCAGUCAACUUGUGGUCCUAGCCAAGAGCGCUGAUGAGGGUUCCAAGACUACAGACCCUUCUGGUCCUAAGAAUCUGGACUUGAAUGAUGAUACCCUCCUCGAAGCCAUCUCCUUUGCCGAUAAGAAAUCUUCUACCGUAUCCGAGGAGCUCUCUCCAGUUCUGCAGUCUGUCGAUCCUAAUGAUCAACCCAUUCUUAACCCGGUGGACUCGGCCAUCUUGCUCGCUUUAGCAUCCGCCAUCACCAACACCGCUCCAGAGAACGGUCUUACGCGCGAGGAGACGGCACCAUAUGCUACUCGAGUUUUGGAGGGUGGCAGUUCCAACUGGCAGAUUUAUACCGAAGCAUUGCUGGUCCGCAGUCGCGUGGAGGGUUUCCGUUCUCGCACUGUUGAGAGAUCGGUGUUGCAGAUGCAAGCACUGGUUGACCAGGUCAUUGCGGAUACAGCGACUGACGAUACGGCUGCUCAAGAGCCCUCGUCGGAUCCCACAACUUUCUUGCCAAGACCAGAGAAGUCUGAGUCGGCGUCGGCCUCUGAUCGAUUGGAGUACAUUUGGAUCAUGAACUUUUCCACUCGAUGGAACCUCGAGGCCGAACUUGCUAAGCGCUGGGUCGACUUGGGUGGUCUCCGUACUGCGUUGGACAUCUACGAGAGACUCCACAUGUGGGCUGAGGCAGCGCUUUGCUACGCCGCCACCGAUCGCGAGCUCAAAGCUAAGAGCAUGGUACGACGUCAACUCUUCGAGGCGAAGGGAGAUGACGAGGAUGAUGAAAACGAGUUAUAUGAGGGCCCCGAGCGUGAAACUUUGCCGGCGGAUGCACCGCGCCUGUUCUGCAUUCUGGGAGACAUUGACAAGGACGAAAAGAUGUACGAUCGUGCUUGGGAGGUCUCGGGUCAGCGAUACGCUCGCGCCCAACGCUCUCUGGCACGUCAUUACUUGGGUCUCACACCACCAGAGUUGGAGAAGGCCGAGUCCGCUUACCAGAAGAGUUUACUCGUCAACCGUCUCAACCACAGUGCCUGGUUUGCACUUGGAUGUGUUCAGCUCGAGCUUGAACGCUGGGAAGACGCCACCAAUUCAUUUACCCGUACCGUACAACUAGAUGAUACCGAUGGAGAGGCUUGGAGCAACCUGGGAGCGGCCAUGCUGCGAUCAUCAGCACCAGAAGAGGGACCCGAUGUGGCGACCAGUGACAGCGCCGAAGAAAAGGCCGCAAUCGAAAAUGAUCCUUACAAGCGUAAACGCGAGGCCUUAUCUGCCUUGCAACGCGCUGCUGCCUUGAAGCACACCGACGCUCGAGUUUGGGACAACGUGCUGACAGUAGCUGCAUCCAUCCCGCCCCCUGCCACACCAUUCCGCGAGGUCAUCACGGCCCAAAAACGAAUUAUUGAGAUCUCCGGCGCAAAGAAGGGCGAGAAGUGCAUCGAUGUCCCUAUCUUGGCCGCACUUGUCGACUUCCUCAAUACAGCCUUCGAGUACAAGGACUUCCUUAUCGAGUCGGACUCCGGUCCUGUUUUCCGUUCCGGAACGAUCCCGGGCCAGAUCAUUUCCUUGGUCGAUGAUCAUGUCGUCCCACUUAUUACCCACUCUUCUACGCUAUGGCUGAUCGUUGCCCGAGUUGAAAUGUUCCGCAACCGCCCCAGCCGUGCCUUGGAAGCCCAUGAGAAGGCAUGGCGUGCUACCGUUGCCGCUUCUGCACAGGGUGCUUUCCAGAUGGGUGACGACAAGCCCUGGCUUCAGGUUGUUCGUGCUACCGAGAAACUUGUCCGUGAAGGGUAUGCCCAUUAUGGCCCUAUGGACCGGGAAGAUCAGAAGGUGGAAGGUGAUGCAGAGCCGGAGAUGGUUGCCAGUGACUGGCGGUUCAAGGCCAGAAGUGCUGUGCGAGGUAUUCUGGGCAAGGGCAAGGACUUUUGGGAGGAUUCAGAGGGCUGGACUCGCUUGAAGGAGCUACAGAGCGAGGUUACUGGCAAUUAG